AUGGACUGUUAUCCCGACACUUUUGUCACCCAUAACCUCCCCCUCGUCGUUGUCUCCGGGCUCGAAGCAAGCGAUGAACACACCCUGGACCCCUCGGGCAAGGCUCACAACUUUCUUCUGCAAGGCGGUUUCAGAGUCAGGACGGACGCAGCGCCAGUCAGUGGAGAGAUCUCGAAACAUCUGCUCCAAGCAUUCCGUGACCUAGAUGGAUCCUCAGUCCCAUGGCACGCCCAGGCGCUCGCUUCAAGGAGCAGCAAACCAUGCAAGAUAUCAUAUACCGGGCGGGUCUAUACCCUCCCCCCACGCAAAGCCCCCCCUCCGCCGCAUUCGCCACGUUUCUCACCCGCUGCUGUCAAUGGGAGCCCUCCACCGCCUCUCACAUUGCAUUCUCCCAUCUCUCCCCUGACGCCGAGUUCCCCUCUUUACCCGGACGGCAUCAUGUCACCAUUAUGGCUCAUGAAGCAUCAAACUAGAUUGCCUUGUCUUUUCAUUGUCUUUUUAGCCUUGACGGCAGAUCCCAAAACCUCUUCACUCCAAGACAAUCGACUCAAGUCCGAGAUUGGUAAUAUCCGGACCGCUUUAAACGUCGCAAAUUACAAGACCAAGUUGCUGGUUGUUAUCGUUGGGUGUGACAGUGUAGCCUCAACCGAGCUUGACGACCGCUUCUCCAACCUCAAACGCUCAUCUGGACUUGACUCCAAGAGUUUCCUUUUCUUACCGCAUGGUGCAUCUGCAACUGAAGUCCUGAACUUUGUCCGCUCCACCCUCUCUUCGUUGCACCCAGCCUGUCUUGAAUACUACCGAGAUCUUUCGAAGCACGUUCGUCGGAAACGAAAUCGGAACAUUGUACCACAGCCUACCGUCAUGCCCCUCAACUCCUCUAUACUCCCUUUGGCGGGAUGGACAGUACGAUAUGAGUUCAAACUGGGUGUUCUCGCAGAAUUCCGGCAAGAAAUGGACGCUGCUUGUCGCAAUUAUGAGGCGGCAUAUGAAGCGUUGUUUUCGAGCGAGGUCAUCGAUGCGGCAUCAGGAGGCAGCCUCCGUUUUAAAGAAGCUCGCUUGUUGGCAGACGUCAUUGCUUUCCGUACCAUCAGAUGUCUCUUAUGGAACGAUCAAAUCACUAUUGCCGUUAGAUCUUGGUCGGCUCAUCGAGAGCGUGUCAAGGAUCUCUUGCAGCGGAGAGGCAAUGGGAUUGAAGGCUAUACAUGGCAAGCUUGGCAAAGCACAUGGACAAAAGCCAUGGCAGACCUCAUCUCCAAGUGUCGGGUGCCGAUCCUUCACAGCAUUAACCGCACUGACGGUAAUCAUCUGCCGGUAUUUGCCCGGCUAGAGAACUCCUUGGCUCCCGGAGAGCGCAUUUCCCCCUGGGAGCAGCUUCAUCACCAAGGCUACUGGCUACAUCUCUCAUCUAUAGCUACUGUAGCACGCCGGAGCUAUGCCCUUCAAAGCUCUGAGAAGAUUGAAACUCAUUCAACAAGCCAAGCGGGACUUGGGUCGUCCUCAGAACUCGACGUUCAGAACGCUCGCCUGGCUCUUGGCCCUUAUUCAGAGCUUCAACUGCCUGGCAGGGCGAACCAUACCUAUGGGCACGAGAUCGUCGCCACUCUGGAUUCCGCGAUUGAGCACUUCACGGAGCGUGGCCAAUUGCGCAAAUCAGACCUGCUAAAAUUCGAACAAGCCAUCGAGUACGUUGAGAUGCGAUCGUGGGCAAAGGCAAUUCAGAUUUUGCAAUCAUUGUGGGAGACACAGUCGUGGAGAGAAGCAGGCUGGUGGCAAUUGCUACAACGCGUUGCCUGGAUCAUAUUGGACUGCCUUGCAAACUCGAGAAACUUGGAGUUGGAGAUCCGAGUGUUGUGGGAGUCUGCCAAUUGUCUGUUUGAGAGCAGACCAGGCUCGGGGGAUGAUCUUAUCCUUGCUUUGAACAAUGCCUCGACUGGCAGCGUGCCUACUUCAGUGUCCAUUGAUGUGGACGGAUCCCUGUCACCUCUGAUUCCGUCCUUCGCAUUCUCUACCAACAAUGGCUUCGUGGGCGAACCACUAGAAUGUCAAGUGACUAUUCAAAACCGGUCGAGGCAGACCUCUCUGCCCUUGCAUCUUGACCGCGUUGAAGUGGCUUUCGAAGGUAAUCUCCGAACCAUCCAUCUUGUGUCGCACGACUCGAAAGAUGCCCCCGUCAGUGGAUCAUCUGUCGACUUUAUCCCUACAUUUCUGCAUGAGGCGGCGUCAGCGACUAUGGUUGGCAGUGAGAGUACCUCAACAAUGAAUCAUUCAGAAACUCGUUUUGCCAACCUGUCGAUUCCAUCAGGAGCCACUCACAUCUUCCAGUUUCCGAUUAUUCCUCGCGAAGCCGGUGCUAUUGCUGUCGCAUCCAUUACGCUACUCAUUCAUCACGGCAAUUUGAAACUGACAGCGAGAUCGUGCGAAUUUGAACAUUCGACGGUUUGUUGGUGGGAGACAAGAAACAGAACACCUGUUCCACGUUUGUUGGGAUGUGAGCCCAAUACCAACAAUACCGUCAUGGUUCUGCCGAAGCUACCGAAGCUCCAAAUCCAUGCUCUGAACUUAAGAAAGGCAUACUACACCAACGAAAGGUUCGUGAUAGAUUUCGAGAUUGUGAAUGAAGAAGUCGAAGCCGUCACUGGUGGAGUACAAGUGCAGAUGAUUAGCCCGGUCUCGAAUGCUGCACAAUUGGGCUGGGCGCAUACGGAGUCGACUCAUACGCAGAAGGAAAUGUCAGCGAGUGGGACUGUCGUACUGGAGCCUCAAAGCUUGGGGGUAUUGGAAGCGGCGGCACGUCAGACAGUGUCAAUCCGGUUAAGGGACACGUCCAUGGCGAUAGACCAUGAGAUCGAGCUAAUCGUCCGCUACCAGCUGGCUUCCGAACCGGAAAUAAACCUGACAAAAACUCUUGCUAUUGAUAUCCCAAUCAUCCGGCCAUUUGAGGCCAAUUACGAGUUUCAACCGCGCCUGAGCGAUGAGCCUUGGCCACGAUUUUUCUCAACGCCACUGUUGGAGGCUGACGCUUCCACCCCUCUGGGUCUCAAGCAUCAAUACGCAGUAACAGCAAGUCUGUACUCAUUUGCCAGCGAAUCCCUUGUGAUUGAAGGUAUUCUCCUCACGGCCAAAGAUAUUGUGGGAGGGGCUGUGUGCGCAUCCGAAACUGGAGUGGUGAAGAAAGGCACCGAGGGUGCACAGCAAGGCGGUGCCGAUGCUAUUCGAACAAUCAUAAAUCCCGAACAGACCGAGAGGUUUGACUUUGAACUAUUGAUACAAAAGCUGGUUCUGGGAGACCGACACACGGUUGGGGUGGACCUUUUACUAGAAAUUGGCUGGCGACGACAAGAUUCGGAGGAAGUGCAUGCGACGGUGCUCGAAGUUCCACGCCUGGUGGCUGCCAUGGCAGAACCUCGAGUCAUCCUGAGGACUUUUCCCGUCUCGCUCGAAUCAGAGUCUGCACACCGUCUUGAGUUUAUGGUUGAGAAUCCAAGCAUGCAUUUCCUGACAUUCAACUUGGCAAUGGAGGCCAGCGAGGAGUUUGCCUUUAGCGGACCGAAGACCACGGCACUCAGCCUGGUGCCUAUGAGCCGGAGCGUGGUGGUGUACAAAAUACUACCAAGCAGGGCUGGCGAGUGGAUUGCAGUCAAUAUGAACGUCGUGGACGCCUACUUUGGCCAAACACUGAACGUGCUACCAGGAGAUGACGGAGUUCGGGUGAACAAAAAGGGAGGAGUUUUGAUCAAAGUGUAGAGUACACUGGGAUGUCCAAAUAUUACCAAUGCGUGUGAUUACAGUGGUACUAGGACCAUUUCUCUCAAAGGGGAGUCUAAGGUCAAAGAAUGAAGUUAGAAACCUCAGAUACGAUAGCACGGGAGGCACCUCAGGUACAUAAGUUAUGAUUCAGUACUGUGACGACCCGUGUGAUUAUACGGAAGAGGAAGGCCUCGGAUCUGC